AUGCCGCCGAAGUAUAGAAUGUCCGACUCCGACUCAGACGCCGACAGAGAAACUGCCAGUGGUCCCUCUGACCAGACUCUCGAAAAGGGUCUCCGCGACGGAGUUGCUGCAAUCUUCAAGUCGGGCAAUAUGGAGGAAUUGACUGUGAAACGCGUGCGACUUGCGGUGGAAAACAAACUAGGUCUCACAGCGGGGUACUUCAAGUCUACAGGUGAUUGGAAAGUGCGGAGUGAGGAGAUCAUCAAAGACGAGGUUGAAACACAAGAUAAGGCAGCGCAUGAACCAGAGCCCGAACCUGCACCGCAGCCGAAGCCGGCUACCCUAGCUAAACGACCAAAGCCCGAAGGCGCACCUAAGCCUAGGAAACGCCAGAAGACGAAGACACCAGUAUCAGACGAAGGUGAAGACGAUCCCUCAGUCGCGUCCGGUGAUGAGAGUGAUGAGGUGGCAGAACCCAAGAAACGAUCAAAAGUACCCGUGAAGAAGGCAUUCGUACAGAAGUCCAAGUAUACUGCCCCAAAAUCCACCAAAAAAGACGAAUCGGACGAAUCGGAAACUUCUGAUGUUGCUGCAAACACCUUGGAUGUCCCCAAGGCGACCACAAAAGACGAUUCCGAAAGCGAGAUGUCAGUGGUACUCGACGAAGAGCCAAAGCCCAAAGCCCCGCGCAAGCGACAGAAGAGUACAGAUGGUCCUGCUUCCAAAACGAAGAAAGCACCGAAGGCCAAGGGUGAAGAUAUCAGCCCGGACCAGGCUGAAAUUAAAAGGCUGCAAGGAUGGCUCAUCAAGUGCGGGAUCCGCAAGCUAUGGGGUAAAGAGCUUGCUCCAUAUGACACCCCUAAAGCAAAGAUUAAGCAUCUGAAGGGAAUGCUUGAAGAUGCUGGAAUGAAGGGCAGGCCAUCUCAAGAAAGGGCUAACCAAAUUCGCGAAGAACGGGAGUUAAAAGCCGACCUGGAGCAGAUCAAAGAGGGAGAGAAAAACUGGGGUGUGCAGAGCGACGAGGAGGGUGGUGAUGACGAGAAGCCUCGGCGUAGAGUUAAUCGGGGGCACCAGUCGCUUGCAUUCCUGGACAGCGACGAUGGUGAGGAAACCGAUUAA